AUGAAUAGUUUGACGAGAGGUGGUAACAGCAUUAAAAGGCUAUUUGGUGAUGCAUAUUCGAUAUUGAGAAAAUACUCCAGAUUCAUAGGACCCGGGUUAAUGGUUUCUGUGGCAUACAUGGAUCCAGGGAAUUAUUCUACUGCUGUGGCUGCUGGUUCAGCUUUCAAGUAUAAAUUGCUUUUCCUGAUAUUGCUUUCGAACUGCUUGGCGGUGUUUUUACAGAUAUUGUCAGCCAAGUUGGGGGCGGUAACAGGAUUGGAUUUGGCGGCCAAUUGCAAAGCCAAUUUAUCGUUUAGAGUUAACAUAUUCAUUUACUGCUUAGCAGAACUAGCUAUCAUUGCUACAGACUUAGCUGAAGUUGUGGGGACUGCAAUUUCGUUAAAUAUUUUGUUCGAUUUACCGUUGUUAGCGGGGGUAAUAGUGACAGUCGUUGAUGUAUUGAUUGUGUUGAUGGCAUAUAAACCAAAUGGUCCGCUUAUAUUCGUGAGAAUUUUUGAAUCGUUUGUUUCAGUUUUAGUCGGAGCGACGGUAGUCUGCUUUGCAAUUGAGUUAUACCAAGUGUCUCAUGAAGAAGGCAUUAAUUUUUCAACCUGGGAAGUCAUAAAGGGUUUCAUGCCAAAUGAGAAAGUGGUGGAUAUGAGCGAUCGUGAUGGAGGAAAUGGGUUGUAUUUGAGUUUGGCAAUUUUGGGUGCAACGGUUAUGCCGCAUUCCUUGUAUUUAGGAUCAGGAUUAGUCCAAGCGAGAUUAAAGGACUAUGAUAUUAAACAUGGACAUUACAAGCCUUUAACAGAUGAACCAUCCAACUCGGAAGAAAGUGCUGAUCCCGAACAUAACGACGAGUUUGAAAGGAAUGAACAUCCUGAUCAAUGCACAACUAAUCCGUUCGAAAAGGAUGAAGACGAGGAUGAAAAUGAUCAUUAUAGGCCAUCGAUACACUCGAUUAAUGAUACAAUGACCUAUACUAUAGUUGAAUUAGUGAUUUCAUUAUUUACCGUGGCCUUAUUUGUUAAUUCGGCUAUAUUGAUAGUUGCUGGUGCAACACUUAACAAUAACAAACAUAAAAGAGACGACGACCACGACGGUAAUGACACAGAUGAUAGUGACGAUGAAGAUGAUUACCAAAAUGCUGAUUUAUUCACGAUUUACAAUUUAUUAUCCACACACUUAUCUCCAACCGCAGGAUUUGUAUUUGCUCUCGCAUUGCUUUGCUCAGGUCAAAGUGCAGGUGUUGUGUGUACAUUAGCGGGUCAAAUGGUACUGGAAGGCUUCUUGCUGUGGAGUUUGCCCCCAAUUACAAGAAGACUAAUCACCAGAGGAUUAGCUAUUAUUCCUUGUUUAGUAGUUGUUACCUUAGCGGGCCGUGAAGGGUUGUCUAACGUUUUGAAUAUGAGUCAAGUCGUGUUGGCGAUCUUGUUACCAGUUGUCAGUGCUCCAUUGAUUUGGUUUACUUGUUCUAAGGAAAUCAUGAAAGUACCUAUUUUCGUCAGGGAUGGGGAUGAAGAGGUUGAUAUCAUGUUAGAUGACGACAUGGAUAGCAGUAUUUCGAGAACAAUCACUACCAGCAGCGCGGCCACCUUAACAAACGGUAAAGUAAAGAGAUUCAAGAGUACUGAGCCAGCAAUUAGAUUGCAAGAUUUGAGAAAUUCCCACCCGUGCGCAGGGUGGGACGACGAUGAAGCAGAAGCGUCCGAAGAACAACAACGAUUGAUUAAUCACAAUAACGACAGCGAUAGUGAGAUAACUACAAGCCUUGGUGCAAACGAAUUCCAGUAUGGCCAACAUCGUAGAAAUAUUUCAGCAGGAAGUGAUACUUAUGCCAACACUAUAAUUGAAUCAGAAGAGGACACAUACCGUGUUAAGGGUUACAAGGAUAUGAGUAAUGGACCGGUUACUGCAUUUACGGCUGUUUUAGUAUGGGGUUUUAUCACUUGUUUAAACAUAUAUUUAUUAGGAAGUUUGAUAUUAGGAUAUGAUGUUCCACUUUGA